CAACUUCUGCCACCGGGGGUUCGGUCGAGCCGCGCCGCUCACUGAGGGGGCUGCGGUGCGGCCACCGACUCAACCGGGCCUGCCUGCUUGCCAGCCAGCCAGCCAGCCCGCGCGUCCCGGGUGUCCGUCGGGUGCCCGGUGACCUCUCGUUAGGGGACUGCCCCGCGCGGCCCCGCUUCCGUGUUAACCCGCAGCGGCUGGACCGCCCGGGACGUGCGGGACUCGCCAAGGCCAAGCCGGGCGCCCCCCAGCGGCGAGCUGCGGGUCCCAUGGCUGGGCCGGGCGGAGCGGAACCGGCGAGGUGAAGCCCCGGGGCCGGCAGCCGGAGCGCGCGUGGCCGGUGCGCCGGCUCCAUGGGGCAGCGGCCCACAGCGGCACGAUGAUGAUGGACGUUAACAGCAGCGGCCGCCCGGACUACGGGCACCUCCGCUCUCUGCUUCUGCCGGAUGUGGGGCGCGGCGGGCUGCCGGACCUGAGCCCCGACGGUGGUGCGGACAGGGUGGCGGCCACCUGGUCGCCGCACCUGCUGAGUGAGGUCCCUGAGGUGACUGCCAGCCCCGCGUCCACCUGGGACGCGCCCCCGGACAAUGCCUCUGGCUGCUGGGAACAGAUCAACUAUGGCAGCACCGAGAAAGUUGUGAUCGGUUCCAUCCUGACGCUCAUCACGCUGCUGACGAUCGCGGGCAAUUGCCUGGUGGUGAUCUCCGUGUGCUUCGUCAAGAAGCUCCGCCAGCCCUCCAACUACCUGAUCGUGUCCCUGGCGCUGGCCGACCUCUCGGUGGCCGUGGCGGUCAUGCCCUUCGUCAGCGUCACCGAUCUCAUCGGGGGCCAGUGGAUCUUUGGCCACUUCUUCUGCAAUGUCUUCAUCGCCAUGGACGUCAUGUGCUGCACAGCCUCGAUCAUGACCCUGUGCGUGAUCAGCAUAGACAGGUAUCUGGGCAUCACGAGGCCCCUCACCUACCCCGUGAGGCAGAAUGGGAAGUGCAUGGCCAAGAUGAUUCUGUCUGUGUGGCUUCUCUCGGCUUCCAUCACCUUGCCCCCACUCUUCGGCUGGGCUCAGAACGUCAACGACGACAAAGUGUGCUUGAUCAGCCAGGAUUUUGGCUACACGAUUUACUCCACGGCAGUGGCGUUUUAUAUCCCCAUGUCCGUCAUGCUCUUCAUGUACUACCGGAUUUAUAAGGCCGCCAGGAAGAGCGCUGCCAAGCACAAGUUCCCUGGCUUUCCCCGCGUGCCGCCAGACAGCAUCCUCUCCCUGAACGGCAUGGUGAAGCUGCAGAAGGAGGUGGAAGAGUGUGCAAACUUUUCGAGACUGCUCAAGCACGAGAGGAAAAACAUCUCCAUCUUUAAGAGGGAACAGAAAGCAGCCACCACCUUGGGGAUCAUUGUCGGGGCCUUCACCGUGUGCUGGCUGCCUUUUUUCCUCUUGUCGACAGCCAGGCCCUUCAUCUGCGGCACUGCCUGCAGCUGCAUCCCACUGUGGGUGGAGAGGACAUGCCUGUGGCUUGGCUAUGCAAACUCUCUCAUUAACCCUUUUAUAUAUGCCUUCUUCAACCGGGACCUGAGGACCACCUACCGCAGCCUGCUCCAAUGCCAGUACCGGAACAUCAACCGGAAGCUGUCUGCCGCAGGCAUGCACGAGGCCCUGAAGCUAGCUGAGAGGCCAGAGAGAUCUGAGUUUGCGCUACAAAACUCUGACUACUGUAGAAAAAAAGGUCAUGAUUCAUGAUCCAAGCGGAAUCAUGGAGAUGAAAUAAACAAAGCAGAACGGGUGGAAACAGAACGAAACCAUUUGCCAAGACUGCAGAAUGGAGAGCGGCUUCUGUCCUUUCUUGGGAUGGUUAAGAUGUGACACUCAGGGUGAUGUGCUUGUACAGUCUUAUGCGAAGGAGCUGGUGAGCUCUCCUUUUGUUGUGGAUCAGUGCUCUUGUGUGCCAGUGCAAACAGUUUUCCAUGUCAGGCAGCCAGUUUGUCUCAGCACUAAGCACACUCACAGAACUGAGUUCUGGUGCUUUUUUGCAUUCCGUCCACAUCCACGCCCGUGGGAGAGAGUUCCCAGGUGCACUUCCCGGGCUUCCGAGUCUAGGCGUGUGGCGAAUAUUCAGGAACCAUUCAUGAGACAGGAUGUAUCGUGUUGUCAUAUGACAGAAGUGUGUUCUUCCAAGCAAACCGCAGUCAGCAUAGUGUUGAACAUGUUGCAUGUUCGUGUUAGAAAACAGAAUGCAGCCAUCAGCUAAUACAAACGACUUUCCAGAGCAGUGUUUGUUUCAAGCUUCUGUCACAUAAUUUGGCUUUCCUGCAGGGUCCCUGUGAUCUCCCACCAACACACUUUCUCUGUUAACUCCUGAAUCGUGAAGGUGUAACUCAGGAACAGAUCUCAGGACGGAAAGAAGCGUAAAGCCAGAACAAAGCUUUUCCUGGGCGCACAUUUCCGAAGGGUCCUGAGAGGUGAGGGAGGUUGCCUUCUGUGAGGAUGCUUUUUGCCCAGAUUAAGAGCGAGUGCAACCUGACUGCAUUAUAUAUUAACAUGACCAUUGACAUGUUUGUGACUCUCUUUUCAUGCAAGGUUGCCUUGGGCCCACAGGCAGGCCCACGGCUGGCCCACAGCUCUAGCUUAUGCAGAAGAAGUAUGGUGGCCAUUACGGGGCAUCUGCCGCUGGUUGAGGUGCUUCCGUUGGUGGAACGAGCCAGUCUUCAUUGGGAGGCCGCUACUAAUUGGGGGAGAGGAGGGGAUCUCUGGGGCCUCAUAGGAAAAGCUCCAGAACCCAUUUUGUUUCAUCCAGAUGAUUUGUUUUUGUGCUCUCUGUAUCUGAUAGCUAAUGUGUGCCUGGGUAAUUCUGUGCCCUGACACCUCCUGCCCCCUCAAAGAGUGGUAGACCUUAAGGACAGGUCAGGAAACUGAAGUGAUCUCUCUGUGGAUAGUGUGUUUUCACAGAAAUCUUUCUAUGUGAUACAUGGGAGCUAAGGAGCCAGAAAGACGGGUCUGAAGAGUCCCUGUAACUGUAUGGAGGAAAUGAAUGUUAAUCUUCAUUUGAUAAAAGAGAACUGAAAGAGCAUCUUAUUUUCUUACAAUAAAGGAAGCAGUCCUCUUGCGGGACACAGUGGAAUUCCAGCAUGGACUAUGGAUGUCUUCCAACUGUGAUUGACCUUGCUUCAUCCCAGAUGCAGGAAAGAGUGGCCUUUUCCUGAGGGGGGAGGUGGGCCAGGCACAGCUUACACAAAUUCCUGAACCGCAGACUGGCUGAAGUGACUGUAAAUACAUAUACUCAUAAUUUAAAUGAUGAAUUCUGGUCAGACACAUGUUGUUAAACUUGAAAAUGUUUUCCUACAUUACAUCAAAUAAAGUUUAUUUGUAGCUGUAAUAAAGGAACCUAAGUAAUGCUUUUUAAUUAAAGGACUGAUGUCAGACGUGUUACUAUUCCCAGAACUGCACAAGGAUACAUUUUGUGAUUUGCUAAAAUCCCAACAGGUAGCCAACAAUUUGGUACUUAAUGAUACCUCACCGUGAGUAUUCACCUAUCUAGUAAGUUUAUUUCUUAUUUUGAUUAAUGGGCAUUUGUUGGGUUCCUGCUAUAUUCAGCACUAUUAGGCAUUAAGGAAACAACGAUAGUAGGAUGCCAUCCCUACUUUUCAGGAAUUUGCCAUUAGGUCGAAGGCACACACAGCGCAGAUGGUCACAGUGUGGUGUAGCAAGUGCCAGGGCAGGUUGCAAGGAGUGACUUUUUUAUGUUGUCUAAGACAGGGCAUAAGGACUAGUUGGAUUUGUCUGAGUUUUCAGAUGUGUUUAAUUUUUUUUAUUGGGACUUUAGUUAUGCAAGUUGGCUUUUUUGUCUGUCUUGAAUGCCUGAAUAUUGAACUGUCUGCUUCUCCCUGGCUACAAAUCCAUGUGCAUGCUGUGCUUGCAGCCAAAGGUCCAAAUCAAAAGGAAGUGAGAAAAAUAUGAAUUCAAUAUUUAAGAAGUUAAUUGAAUCUUAAUUAAAUGUUUUAAAAGAGUAAACAAUACUCUUUUGCACACUUGGUCUUAGCCUAAAGUCCGAGAAGCAAUAACAGUAUUCUUUUCCAUUUGAUGUAGUCUUUGUCAACAGUACAGUU